AUCUAAUCUAAUCUAAUCCAGUUACCGUCCCCCGAUAGUUUUUGUGGCCACCUUUAACCUCCCUUGCUCAGUGAGCUCCUUUCCAGCCUCUCCUUGCCCAACAGAACCCGAUGAUAUCUUCCAUGAGCAGGCUCUUCGCACCUGCCAAUGUCAUCUCCGCUUCAUCAUCUUCUUCUUCUUCUACUCCGUCUAAAGACGAGGGCUACACUUCGAAGAAGUCAGUUAAGCUAAGAGAAGACUGGAGGCAACGCUCCAAACCCAUCCCGCCUGGUGGCACCUACCCAGCAAAAGAGCAUUGCAGCCAAUGUGGGUUGUGUGAUACUUACUACAUCGCUCAUGUGAAGAAUUCCUGUGCUUUUCUGGGAGAUGGGAUGUCUAGAGUCGAACAUCUCGAACCAGUUGUACAUGGUAGAGGGAGGAAGACCGAUUCUCUAGAUGAAACCUACUUAGGGGUUUACGAUGAACUACUGUAUGCUCGAAAGACCAAUCCAGUAGAAGGAGCUCAAUGGACUGGUAUAGUAACCACAAUUGCCAUCGAAAUGCUGAAAUCUGGCAUGGUUGAGGCUGUUGUAUGUGUACAAAGUGAUCCAGAUGACAGACUUUCCCCAAUGCCUGUCCUAGCCAGGACUCCCGAAGAAGUUCUGGCUGCCAGAGGUGUCAAACCAACUUUAUCACCCAACUUAAAUACCCUUGCACUGAUUGAGGCUUCUGGGAUAAAGCGUCUUCUCUUCUGUGGUGUGGGCUGCCAAGUGCAAGCAUUAAGAUCUGUGGAGCAAUAUCUGAAUUUGGAGAAGCUUUAUGUACUGGGCACCAACUGCGUUGAUAAUGGAACUAGAGAAGGACUUGAUAAAUUCCUAAAGGCUGCAAGUACGGAGCCAGAAACAGUCCUUCAUUACGAAUUCAUGCAAGACUAUAAGGUUCAUCUGAAGCAUUUGGAUGGCCACAUAGAAGAGGUUCCUUAUUUCUGUCUGCCAGCAAAUGAUUUAGUGGAUGUUAUUGCGCCGUCUUGCUACAGCUGUUUUGAUUACACAAAUGGUUUAGCGGAUCUAGUUGUUGGAUACAUGGGUGUACCUAAAUAUCCCCAAGUUAGUAUGACAAACCAUCCGCAAUAUGUCACAGUCAGGAAUGAGCGAGGAAGAGAAAUGCUCAACUUAGUGAGAGACCUAUUGGAUGUUACUCCAACAAUCAGUAGCGGCAACAGAAGACCAUUUGUGAUGGAGACUGUCAAGGCAGAUGACAAUGCAAAGCUAGGGAAGGGCCCUGCUCAACCUGCUCCAAAGCUUGUUGGGAACUUGAUCGCAUUUAUACUAAACUUGAUUGGGCCAAAGGGUCUCGAAUUUGCUAGGUAUUCGCUAGACUACCAUACUAUAAGGAACUAUCUGUACACGAACCGUACCUGGGGAAAAGAGAGGUGGGUCAUUCUACGCUCUCGUCUAGUUUUCAGGGCUCGAGCUGAUAGACACAUGCCUUCAUACGCGAAGAAACUCGUUGAACUGUACAACCAAAAAGGGGAAAUCGAUGAGAUGCUACAGAUCAAGUGACAGUUUCUGUUCAUAUUUGAGUACAUACAUAGUCCUGGUAGCACCUCACGGCUAGCAGUUCUUUAGAGAGAAAAAACAUCUCUCGUUCUGAUGGAUUGAGAGGCAAUGAAAUUACUUGAUACUAAAGAAAACGGAAAGAAUGCUAUAGAGCUUGAUUUCCUCUGGAAGCCUAUCCAACACCCAGAAAGCUGUUUGUGACAUUGAUCUUUCAGGAAACUGUCAACCCUCUAGAACACUCAACCAGCCAGCCAACUGCAAGUAAUUAAAGAUAAUAGGCAUUGAAUUGAAUCUAGCAUUACAUGAAAACUCACAACGAAGUCAAACUACAAGUGAUAGAUGCACAAGGUUGGAGACAACUUGUCUCCAGAUUGAGAAGUCUCUUAAACUCUGAAGUAUAAAAUGGUUGAAGGAUCAACGGCCAUGGAAGUGGAAUUCAAUUCGCGUUUGGAGUUGAGAGAAACAACAUGGAAUGGGAAGGCCGUGCCUGACAAAAAAACAGUUGGGAGUUUUUAAUGGCCAUAUGUGCUGUAACUGAGACUAGAAGCUGGUCCAUUGUUUUCCUACAAACUGUCAAAUCUUUGCUUCUUCUGUAGCUUAAAGACAAAGUUGACCC